UGAAUCGUUGAAGCAGUGAAAAGUUUCAGCUGAACUGGACUGUCCGAGCGGUUGAAAAAACUACUUUGGCUGACAGGUUUUUUUGGGUGUCGAACGUCAAGGGGACAAACAUGGCGCUCACCGACGCUGACGUUCAAAAACAGAUCAAGCACAUGAUGGCCUUCAUUGAGCAGGAGGCCAAGGAGAAGGUUGAGGAAAUUGAUGCUAAGGCCGAGGAGGAGUUCAACAUCGAGAAAGGUCGUCUGGUUCAGACGCAGCGAGUGAAAAUUAUGGAGUACUAUGAGAAGAAAGAAAAGCAGAUCGAACAGCACAAGAAAAUCCAAAUGUCCAACCUGAUGAACCAGGCGAGGCUGAGGGUGCUGAAGGCCCGUGACGACAUGAUCACGGAGUUGUUGAAUGAAGCUCGUCAAAGACUCACAGAGAUUGCUAAAGAUCCUGCUCAGUACUCGGUCCUGUUGGAAGGUCUGGUGCUUCAGGGAUUUUAUCGACUGCUGGAGCCAAAAGUGACGGUUCGCUGCAGACAGCAGGAUAUAGAAAUGGUUCAGGCUGCAAUCGAUAAAAACAUCCCGAUCUAUAAAGAGGCUGUAAAGAGCAACAUCGUCGUCAGAAUCGACCAGGAACGGUUCCUUCCUUCAGAGAUCUGUGGAGGAGUGGAAGUUUACAACGAUAACGGGAAGAUUAAAGUCUCAAACACUCUGGAGAGCAGGCUGGAGCUGAUGGCACAGCAGAUGAUGCCUGAAAUCAGAGAGAAGUUAUUCGGUGCCAACCCGAACCGCAGGUUCAUGGAUUAACGGUGGAUUUGCAGAGAGGCCAAAGCGUGCACAGGUGGAGCAUUUAAGGUGACACGAGAGUGAACAAGAGUCUUACAAUCACACACCAAUGAGGAGGCUCAGAGAAAGCCGGGUAUACAUAAAGAGAUGAUCCAGAUGUGUUUAUACAUGUUUUAUUUUUGUACUAAUGGACUGAGUAUUAAUUCAGCGUGUGCACUUUUACUGACUUGCCAGUGGGCUUUAUUUUUACCUCUCUGGGGUUUUCCAAAGGACUGCUUUGACUUUCAGUCGACCUGCAUUUCAUUUAAGGAAGUCUGUUGCGAUCGACCAUACCCCCACAGCGGCCAUGUUCCUGUGACGUCACGCUCAAGGUGGGAAUCUCAGACCUGGUUAUCAUGUUCUAGCCAUAUUCCAGGUUGUCUGUCAUAAAAAAGUCAAGAUUCUGAUAGCUAUUUUUAUUUAUCGUUUUCUGAAUGAACAUUGACCACGAGGAAAACGGAUACUGAAAAUCAUGAGAGAGAUCAGAACACAUGUUAACCCGUUAGCUACCAUCAGGCUAGCAUUGACAUCCAACAACUUCCUGGGGCACAGAGGGCAUACUGGUUGGUUCAUGCAUGGAAGUUAGUAUUCUAGGUCCAGCCUGUUGUUCCUUACCCCAAUCUCUCUCUCUGAUUUCUUUCACUAUUCACUGUCAAAUUUAGGCGAAAAGCCACCCAAAAAACAUUUCACACUUCAUUGUUAACACUUAAGUUUGAUAAGUAAGGAUACGAUAGAAAAGGUGAUUAAGAAAUAAAGAUAAAAAUGAUGCUGGCCCCGCCCCUUUCUGGGGGAAACAUUCCAUAAAAAUGAACGGUAGUCAAUGGAAAGAUGGGGUCAUUAGCAACUAAAAGCUCAAAAUUUGAAAACCACGCGGUUCAAUAGUCAUUAGGGGACAAAAUCCAGUGGCCAGUGAGAUAAACAUCAUGUAGGCCAUUUAUGUCACAGAGCGAUGGCUAGCUUAAAGUCAUUAAGAGCAGAGCACCGGUCCAACAUUUGCCCGCUUUAUUCCUCUAGUUUUAGCUGAAAGACACAGAACUCUUUUUAGUCAUUUAGUCAGAAUAACAAAACAUGCCUUACAUUAUGGCUUUUGGAUUUUUCAUUAGUUUUUUAUUUUUUAUUUCAUUUUCACUUUCUGUGUUCGAUUUUAGUUUUGUUUUUAUUAAGUUUUGACUGCUGGUUUGUUAGUUUAGUUUAUUUUUAAUUUCCAAAACUGCUUCUUUUUAGUUUAGUUUUUAUUAGUUUUAGUGUUAGUUUAGUUUUUUGCGGAUAAAUUUCAGGGCUAAGUGAGCAGUGAGAAAAAGUGGCAAAAUAGGGCAGUAUGUGGCAAAAACAGGUAAAAAGUUACAGGUGGCAAAAAAUGGCCAAAUAACAGCAAAAAUGUGGCAAAAAUGAGUGUAAAAGUGACUAAAAUGGCC